UUUAUAUUUAAUAUAUAUAUAUAAGUAUUACUCUCUGUUUGUAUCUAUACUUAAUUAAACGUUUCUAUUUACUAAUUAAAACAUUUCAAUGCCUUCUAAAGAACAAAAGAUUCUUGAUUACUUAUUUAAAUUGCCUAAUAAGGAACAAAUAAGGGGUAACCCUGAAAAAGUAUUAGAAGCAAUAGAUGAAUUUAUUAGAAAGAAUACUCAUUAUAUGAAUGUGGGACCUAAGAAGGGAAAGAUUGCCAUUGAUGAAAUUAGGAAAAUUAAACCCAAACUCAUGAUUGAGCUUGGUUGUUAUUUUGGUUAUUCAGCUGUCUUAUUUGCAAAGGAAUUACCUGAAAACGAUCCUAAUGCUAAAUAUUUCAGUUUUGAAUUAAAUCCAGAUUUUGCUAAUAUCGCCCGACAAUUUGUUGACUUUGCUGGUUUACUGCAUAAAGUUGAAAUUAUUGUAGGACCAGCUGCUAAAUCAUUAGUUAAUUUUGAAGCCUCUAUUUUAAAAAAGGAUCUUCGUUAUACUGCAGUAGACUUUGCGUUUAUUGAUCAUUGGAAAGAUCGUUAUGUUCCUGACUUAAGAGUCUUGGAAAGUUUAAAUUUGCUUGCUCCUGGAACUCUUAUAAUUGCUGAUAAUAUUUACAGACCAGGAGCUCCUGAUUAUUUAAAGUAUGUAACAUCAUCACCUGAAGAGAGAAGAGAAUUUCAUUACAAAGUUCCUAAUGAUAAUGGUAAGGAAUUCUUGGGUAGAUGGAAUAUUUUAUAUGAUACAAAGACUGUUCGUGUGGAUGAUGAAGUUGGUUCAGGCUAUGAUGAAUUGGCCAUCACUAAGGUUGUUGAUUAUCUUGAUGGUUGAUAAAGCUUUUAAUAGUUAUAUAGUUACUACAGUUAUUGAAGUAGUUCAGUUGAUAUGUAUAUGUGCAAUAUACUUUACAAGUUUAUUUUAUAA